AUGUCCGGACUCUUCGGCCGCUCCGCCUCUCUGGCACCACAAGACGCACAGGCGAAGGCUCAGCAGAUCAGGGGAGAAGUGCAGCAACAGCUGGCCCUCGCACAAGCUCAAGAGCUCAUCAACAAGCUCAACGAGAAGUGCUUCAAGGCGUGCAUCACCAAGCCAUCCGACACGCUCACGCCGAACGACCAAGCGUGCUUGAUGCGCUGCUCGGACCGCUUCCUGGAGGCUUUCAACAUCAUCUCGCAGACGUACGUUCAACGGUUGGCGCGGGAGCGGGAGGCGGCGUCUGGCGCGAACUUGUUGCCGCAGUAG